AUGGAAACCUCAGUCUCAAGUCCAGAGCACUCUCACCCUACUCCUACAGCACCCUCGAUCCGGCUCUCAAUACAGUCAGAGCUUCGCGAAAAAGACCUUCAAACAGAACUUCUUGUUCACGAGGAAAAUGACAGUGACGUUGAGAUCUUGAACUCCCCAACUCUGUUAGUGUUCGACCAAGGCCAAGAAUCUCAACCCUCUCAAAACGAGCAACGUCCUGCGAACGACCAGGAGUCUCCCCUCUCAAAGACUGACCACGCUUCAGAAGCUCCGCAACGGAGUGGCUCAUGCGAAUCCGUUUCUGCCGCCAACAACAACAACAACUUUGGCGCCUCUUUCCUGCAUAGUAAGCGUCCUGCUUCCAGUACCCCUGUGGUAUAUUCGCCAAUCGAAGGCGACCACGUCUCUCGAUUCUUCCAACAGUACAGACGUCAAGACUCACAGUCAGCUCCUCGCGAACUAGUUGAAGGACAGACAGACUCGACAACAACAACAGAGCGCCCUGCUCAUCUGACAACCCACACUAUCUACGCCCCAAUGCGGCUCGAAAAUCCUAGUAACCUUGCUACAAGUCCAGGAGAUGCAAAGCUCAAGAAGGUGAUCUCAACAUUACAGUCCCGCACCACCACGUACACGACGCUGUUAUCUCAGAACGAUACCCAGGAUACAGAUCUAGCUCGACUCGAGCACGAGGUUCUUCGAGAUAUGUCUGUGGACCUACAAGCAGCUUCGAGAAUGAUUGAGAGCAGGAUCGGCCAUGGGUCAAGCAUUGACGAAGACCUGAUACUCCGAGCAAUUGAAGCAUACGAGAAUAAGGAAACUAUGAAGUCUCUGGCAAGAAAGCGCUUGAUGGCGGAGCUGCUGAAGCUUAGGGUAGACAACAAAUUGGCAGAGUUAUGA